GCUAUUUUGUGACGUCUAUGCAAAUGUACGGAUUUGUAAACCAUUCCAUUAAUGAAAUGCUAUUUUUUAAAUUGUAUGAAUCAAUUAUUAGGGCCUCGCAUGUAAAAAAAACUACCAAAAAGACAACAUUGUAACACAACAUUUACAUGAACGACUAAAACUGCGUGUUUGUUUUCUCAAACUGCCAUAAUUCUCUUAUUACAACAAAUGAAUAUUGUGCGGCAUUCUGGAACCCACGUCCAAUCGUCAUGUAAGUUUAUAAGCAUGUUAUAUUUACAUACCACAAACGCAACACGGCAGCAGGUAUGUAGCAUAGACAUGAUCCAAAUUGUAAUACUAUUGUCCAAAUAACGACUCAUAAAUAAGCUCUGAAAUGCACCAAAAUGUCAUUAUUUGCUGGAAUAAUCAAAUAAUAUUGAAAUAUUCAAUGAAAUGGUGAAAGUAGUCGAGGAUCAUGCGGAUUAUCGACCUAAACGGCAUGCAUGCCCUCUGCUGUUAAUAACAUUGUCUUUUGGUGAGCAUGCAGCAAUGGCCAGGGUGCUUACGUGGCCUAUAAAAUAACUCAUAAAAUAAGCUUCGAAAAUACCGUGUCGUUUGCAGCAAGGCUUUAACAUGAAGCAGCAGCAGUAAGUCGACUCCCCCCAUUACGUCAUUCAUGUUUCAUUCAUGUAUUUUGCAAUGUCUAGCAAAUUGUAUUUAUUUAUUCUUAUUUUUCAAACUAGUGUUUGUUAUUGGGGAAGUGGGGUGCGUAUUUAAUGACCAGAGGCGAUUGAUUUAUACUUUAUUGUUCAGCCUUUAUGAUCACGUGUGCCUGCUGUCCAAUGGCAUGGCGGCGUGGCUCCCUGCACAUUACAAGCCCACUGUAGUUGUGUGAGGGGCCAAGUUGCUACUUGAUUUCUCCACAUUGUUAUUUUGUGAGGCUGGCUUUACUGCGUGUGUAUGUGUGUGUGUACGUGCGUGCUUUUUGUUGUGUUGUUGUUUGCAUGGCUGUGCUAACUGCGUGCAUGUGAACGUGUAGUACUUUGCGGCCAUGUCGACAUCCGGAGCGGUGACUAGUUACUACGUCGAUUCCCUCAUUCUCCCCGAGAGCGAGGAGCUCUCCAUGCCGAGAUACCCCACCGGGCCCGGGUACCAGCACGCCAGACAGCACCCCCCUUCCAUCAGUGACCACAGCGAGCUCGGGACUUGUACCUUCCCGUCCAAACCACCGGUAUUCGGCGCGUCAUGGAGCCACGUCCCCGCUCAGUUCCCAGGCACCGUCUCCUCUGUGUAUCAUCACCCGUAUGGUCACCCCCAAGGCCCGGUCGGCGCUGAGUCAGACGCCCGCUACCAGUCAUGGCUCCUGGAGCCUAUGGCCGGAUUACAGACGCCCCACCAUUACGGAAUCAAACCCGAAGCUCAAGGAACGAUGGCCGGUUCGCACACGGCGCUGCUGCUCUCUGACUACAGCAGUGGCCCGGUGGCUGCAUCUGCCGGGGAGAAGGAAGCACUAUCGGGUCGGGGAGUUGACGUGGCCGGGGAGAGUGAAGAAAAGCCAGGCCUCGAUCCGAAUAACCCCGUCUCCAACUGGCUCCACGCGAGUGCAACCAGAAAAAAGCGCUGUCCGUACACAAAGCACCAGAUCCUGGAGCUGGAGAAAGAGUUCCUCUUUAACACCUACCUGACCAGGGACCGUAGGUACGAGGUGGCGAGGCUCUUAAACCUCACCGAGAGACAGGUUAAAAUCUGGUUCCAGAACCGCAGGAUGAAGAUGAAGAAGUUUAACAAAGAUGGCGCAUCUAAAGAUGAGUGACUCCAUAUGACAAAAUGAGGCCAAUAGCGAGCUUUUCCUGCUUGGAGCCUCGUCUGAUUCAAGCAGCAGAACCCAUUGGGCUUAAUUGUCUUGUAUAAAAGCAUGUUAGGCUCUCGUUUGAUGCGACUACCUUUUUUACAUUGCACAAUUUUAACAGUGCCCUGCCUUUUUAGUUGUCCCCUUUUCUUAUGGUGUUUUUGUUUAGUUUUAUUAGUAUCUCGUUAAAGUGACUUAGUUGGUCUCUGUGCUUGUUUGUGUAUGGAUGUUUCCAGCUGUGUGUUCUGGUUUGUAGCUUAUUUGUCGUCUAUUUCUCAGCCACCUGAGCUAGUUUGUAAAAAUGUCUUUGAUUUUUCAAUUGUUUCUUCUCUAUUAUUGCUAGAGUUAUGAGUUUAGUCUGACGUUGACCACAUAGUAUGAAGAUAGGUGCUACAUCUCAGAAACCCUCCUGGAAGUGCUUAUACUUCGUUAGAAUAUUCUAUAUUGAAGCUCUAUGUUACAUCACAUGACUGACUACCUAUAUGUGUUUAUCAACUACCUACAAUAACCUAUUUUCUCUCAUGACAAAUUGUUGUAGAAUGGCUUGCAUUAGAAACAGAAAUUAAGCCUACAUUUCAGGAAUUGACUUUUUUUUUUGGUUUUGGAAGGAAUUGUCUAUAGUGAUGAGAAAUUAAAUAACACUGUAGGUUAUAAUUGAUUACCUCUAGGUCCGCCGACCGUCUGUUUGGUUCUCAAGUGUAAUUUGUACUUUAUUUAUUAAAAUAAAACAAAUUAUAUCUGCACAAAAAAAAACUAGCGGUGAAUUGACGCUGAUUUGCAAGACAUCCAACACACAGAAACGAUGUAAAGACCAACAUCAUAAUCCAAAAAGGAGUAUAUUAUGUUGGGGUGUACAGUAAGGACGUAUGGUGAUGGCUCUAUAGAGCCGUAAAAGACAAUUACCGCUAUAACAUUUUAUGGGGUGCAAAGCGCUGCGAGGCAAGCGGACACAAAACAAGAAAAAAAGGAC